UUGGCUUUCUUGCUGCAGACAAAGAUGUUGAUGUACACUAUAUGUUAAUGAUUUGCUGGAUUUCUCGCUGCAGGGAAUGGAGAAGAUGGGCACGUACAGCGCCCAUGCCUUGCAAGGGCAGAUGUGCUCGCCGCUUGUGAAAGUGGGAAUGGUAGGAGAUCCUCAUCGAGGAGGGAAGGCUGUUGUUGCUGGAAGUAGACGGUGGUCUUUGUGUCCCAGUGAUCACGGCUAUGGCUGUGGACGUCGUCAUCGUGUGCUCCAUUGCGGGAUGGCAGCUAUGGCUGGCAGAAUCUCAGGGAAUAACUGCAGUUUGACUCGGCGGGGUCCAUUUCGAGAACGACACUUGUCAGUCUCACAGAGACCGUUGUCUGAUGAUGGAGAACGUGCUGUCUGUGGGAAGAAGAUUGAUGUAUCUAGAACAGGGAAGAGAAGCCUGAAGAGAGGAUGCAGAAGACAGUCGCCUUCUCUGAGUAGCGUUGGCCAGUUAGAUUGUGACAGAGCACUGGAAGGGGAAUGCUCUGCUUCUAAGGGCGAUGUGGCUAUUUUUGGAAAAUUGGGGACGGAGAGGAAGGUGGACUGGUUCUUUGAGGAUGUUGGGAAAGGAAGAGCAGUGAUAGCGAGAAGGAGAAAGAGAGGAGAUUGGCUUGUCAGGCGGGACGGUGGGGCAGUGCACUGUGUGAAUGCAGUCGAUGAAAUUGCUGCAACUCAGGAUGUCAGAACAGUUAAACGGGACAUGAUCAGCAGUGGAGAAAGGAAGUAUAUGUUUCACGUGCAAGGUGGUGGACUGGUCCGCGCCGCUGUUGAUAGACAUGAGGACAGGUGCACUAUUGCAAUCGAGAUUGAUGACAGUGAAAUGUUGUCCCUGGAUCGUGAUGCGGAUCUCUUCAUGAACUGGGGGCUGUUUCGUGCAGAUUGCGAUGCAUGGGUGGUUUUGGAUGAAGCCGACUCUCCACCUGGCACGGUGCCUGUUGCCGGCGAAGAUGGUGGCACAGAGAGCGGAUGGGAAGAGGCAGAAGCAAUGAGAACACCAUUUACAAAAGACCCGUCGGGUAGACUUCAGCUGCUCAUGGAUCUUGAUGCAAGAGCUGCCCCUUUCUCUGUCAAAUUUGCUCUCUUCCAGCCCUAUAAGGGUACCUGGUUCAGGAGCACUAAGGGAACUGAUUUCACUGUGCCAGUCGGGAUUCGGCCAGGAAAACCUUAUCCGCUAGGUGUAUCUUGGAGGAAAGAUGGUUCUGCAAACUUUUCCAUUUACAGCCGACAUGCCGAACAUGUGACCCUUUGCCUUUACGAUGACGUUUCAUCAGAGCCGCAGAUUGAGCUAGAUCUGGACCGGCUCCUCCACCGCACCGGCGAUGUCUGGCAUGUCCAAGUGGAUUCUGUAACCGGCUUCUCGCGCUAUGGUUAUAAAUGCAAGGGUGAACUGACCUGGGAAAGUGGUAAUCGCUUUGUGGAAGAAUGUCCACUGCUUGACCCAUACGCACAUCAUGUUUCUCCUCUUAUACAAGAGACAGAUGAACUUGGUCCAUCUCCAAGAAUGCUGGGGCUGCUUGUUCCAGAUGAACCAUCGUUCGAUUGGGAUGUCGAUGUCCCUCCUAGGCAUCGCUUGGAGGAGCUUCUUGUGUACAGGCUAAGUAUCCCUGGCUUCACUGCAGAGGAGUCAACCUCAGUGCCUGAAGAAUUAAGGGGCACGUUCGUUGGGGUCCUUGACAAGGUGGAUCAUUUCAAGGAGCUGGGUGUGAAUGCUGUGAUGCUGGCACCAAUUACUGUUCAUGAUGACAAGCAAGGGCCCUAUUUCCCAAUCAACUUUUUUGCCCUGAUGCCUUGCUAUGGUGUAGACGGAGAUGUUUUCUCCGCCAGCGCAGGGCUUAAGACCCUCAUUCGGGAGCUUCAUGUCAAUGGCAUGGAGGUCCUGCUUGAGGUUUCAUACUGCCACACAGCCGAAGGGAGUGAUGAAGAACCCAUCAAUCUCUCUAUGCGAGGAAUCGACAAUGCUACAUAUUAUAUUACGGACAGCUUUGGCCAUUUGGUGAGGACAGGGAGUUCCGGCAAUAGCUUGAACUGCAACUACCCUCCUGUGCAGUCGCUGGUGCUUGAUAGCCUGCGGCAUUGGGUAAUGGAGUACCAUAUUGAUGGUUUCUGCUUUGCAAAUGCUGGAGCACUGUUGCUGGGCCCGAAUGGCGAGCACCUCAGCAGACCGCCGCUGGUGGAGGCAAUUGCAUUUGAUCCCAUUCUUUCAGAUGUGAAGCUAAUCGCUGAUCUUACCUUCAGCGAGACACUGAGGUUUCCAAAUUGGGGACGCUGGGCUGAGUUUAGUGGGUGUUUCAACAACGAUGUGACUAAAUUUCUUGGUGGCAGCGCUGAGCAUCUGAGCAGCUUUGCUACCCGCUUCUGUGGCAGUGCUGAUGUGUUUCAAGGCGUACGUGGGCCAGCGUAUGGCCUGAAUUUCAUUUCGUCUCUCCCAGAUGUUGAAGACCAGGCGGAUGAAGCCACCGAGCUAGACUUUCCUUCAGCAGACCUUCAGAGGCAGCAGAUGCUGAACUGUUUCACAGCACUUUUCCUAUCUCAAGGUAUUCCAGUUCUAACCAUGGGUCAAGAAUAUGGUUGUUUCAGUGCUGGCAUGCUCGCUGCGAACAGUGAGCAUGGUGGAUUCGACUGGCGAUUGUUGGAGAGCGAGUCCGGGCAACAGAUCAAGCAAUUCAUCUCUAACCUGAUCACCAUCCGAAAGCGAAGGAGCAGUAUUUUCCAGGAGGGAGGAGAAAGCAAUCCGGAGAAACGUCCUGCAGAGGAUGGAGAUAUCUAUUUGGCUUUUAAUGCUCAUAAUCACUCUGUUGACGUCACCCUGCCGGAACCUCCCGAGGGAAGUGAGUGGUUCCAGCUUGUGAAGACGUCAGCGAAAAGCAAGCCAGUUGUGGUCACAGCAGAAGAGACCAUUAGUGAUGAGCAAUUUACGGCAAACACAAUCAGGAUGGACCCCUACAGCAGCCUUGUACUUGAGGCGAGAUCUGCCAGGAAUGAGCAAUCUACCACUCUUGAGUAAUGGGAUGGGACUUUUACACGACACAACAAAACACAGGCUGGUAUGGAGGGGAGGUUUUCUUUCUGCUGUUCACACAUACACACACACACACACACACACACACACACACACACACACAGUGAUACAAGAUUGGUUACUUACCUGCUGCGCUGAAGAUACCGCUAGAGAGAGAGAGAGAGAGAGAGAGAGAGAGAGAGAGAGAGAGAGAGAGAGAGAGAGAGAGAGAGAGAGAGGGAGGGAGGGAGGGAAUGUGCAUCGGAGUCGUUUUGCAUUCAAAGACACUUUCAGCCAGAUGCCAGGGAGGGCAAUGAUAGUCAUCGAGGCAUGAGCAUUCUGUGGUUUGGAGUAAGGUGACUCCUCUGCUAUGACACAAAACUGUGGAGCCUGUUGGGGCAGUGCUUUAACUGCUUUUGAUCAUGUGGGGGAAGAGAGAGCAUACUGCAUCAUUCCAAUUCUAUAGAGGUUGAGGAAGUUAUAAGCACACAAAGAGUUAGGGGGAUGAAAGUUUCAAUGGUGUGGAAGAUGAAGACGGGAAGACGACUAUAGGUUGAAGGAAAAGGCGGGUGAACUUGUGGUAAUCAACAGAUUAGGGACCCCAACUCAUUGAUAACACAUUGGUUUGUGUACUACAGUCUUAGGUCGAACACAACAUCCCCCCUCAUGUAUGCAUACAAGGCUACAAGCUAUUUGUUCUGUCUCGGUAUAGUAAUAACGACGGUGCGUUGUGUUUGGGGGAGGGGAUGGUAGUAUUCAGCUAGCAUCGAGGUGAAGCGAUACAUCACAUUUUGGCAGCUCAGAAGAGGAAAGAUGGAGAUGAAGACAUACUGUACGAGAGGCCAACGGCUUGGAAAGUUGGGAGGCGUCCAAUUUUGAACUGAGGUGCACACUGGUGACUGGAGCCCAAAGCCUGGAAUGCGAGAGAAAGGAGGCGGGGAGAGAGCUCCUAAGAAAGCGGAGGAAAGCUGGCCUGUGGGACACACACACAAAUUAUGUCUGAUGAAAAAUAUAGUUGUUGUUAACCUUCUCUCCUGUGGGAGCCUUCCGCACACAAGUUAUGGGACACUGUUAUUCGUAAGAAUCACAUGCUAGUGGCCCAUGCCAGUGGCCCAUGCACACUCGUUGAGCGAACAAGUCCAUAUGCCGGUUUCACUCAACGAGUGUGCAUGGGCCAUCACUAGCAUGAUGGGCCGCUCAUAAGAAAGUGGAGGAAAGCUGGCCUGUGGGAGCAUUUAGCACAAGUUAUGAGCAUCUUCGAAACGAACGGCGUUGAGGACUCUUCUUUGUCAAUCAUCUGUACGCGAGCGGACUGGAAAUUGGUGUCCAUUUUUUUUUGCACUGACUGUGGGCGCUGGAAAGGAUUGUGGGCUGGAUGGUUAGAGGGGCCCAAUAUGGCACACAGAAGGCGCGUGAAGAAAUGGAAACUCUUCCCAAGGGAGGUGUCAAUUCUAGCACUGACGGUGGGGGGGGUUAUCAUAGAUGAGCAGUCUCUGGGUUCUGAUUUCCCAAGGGAAUCUUGCACAGUGUGAGGGGCACCUGCAUUCCUUGGUAAUCGAGAGAUCGGCGUCAAAUCAAUGGAAGUACUUGAG